AGUAAGUAGUGGCGCUCCGACCUGUCGGCGCUUGCGUCCGCGUCUAACGGAAACAGGCAGGGGAAAGCUGAAGCUCGCGCGCGUGAGAAGAACUCCCAGUGACCGGACGAAUACCACCACAACAAUCCAACACCCACGCCUCUCCUCGAUCUCGUGGGGCAUAUGCCCUCCGUAGUCUUCUCAUCCCCGCUCUAGAUUGCCGUCGCCCUGAUGCACGGGUGAUAAAAUUCUCGAGAAGGCUAUUUUUAAGGUAAGUCGGUAGGUUUUCUUUCCAGUGCUUUUUGUGUGAUUGAACUAUUCUACAACAAAUGGCGUCUUCUCCUUUUCCCUCGACGCCAAAAGCAACGCCAGCGACACCGUCUCAAGAGCCUGGGAAGUGGCGUCAUCCCCGCCUCGAUGAGAUCGUUAGGCGACAAAAUGCCGCUACAUUCAGUGAUCGCAAUCUGAAGAAGCUUCUGUGGAAUGGUGCUGCGCUCUUAGCGACUGCCUUCAUUGGAGACAGCUUCAGAUCAUAUGCUUUCCGAUUGCAGAAGCUCUUGAGUCUCCAAACAUACCCAGAAAUUUCUCUUCUGGUGCUACGGCUUUUCUUCGUCAUGAACAUCCUCAUUGCAUUAUACCCACUCUUUGGACCGAAAGACGAUCUCUCGGAUAUCCCGUUGACGCCAACACAACGUGCCCUGCUUGGCCUCGAUCCCACCGCGACACCUCCUGCUACUGCCGGCACCGAGUAUGUUACACCUCCACGAUAUCGUCUAUCUGCUGGCUCUCGUCAAGCUAGCCCUGCAAGCCGGAGUACCUCGCCUCUAUCGGCCAACGGUACAGUCUCUGGGAGGAAUUCCACUGGCCCUUCUUUCUCGCCUACUCCAAGCCCACUGUUCCAAAAAGCGGUUACAAAUGGAAGCAGAGAAAAUGGACGCAGAUCGAGUAUCGGGUCGUCCUCUUCCUUGGGCUCCAGUUCGCUCUUCGGGGACUCGACGUUUAGCAGGGCUCCUGCAACUCCAUCUCCGGUUGAACGCAAACGCUCGAGCUUGGGUGUCAGUAAUAAAUGGUUGUAUGAAAAGAGCCGAAGACUAUCGGCCGGUAGUGGUGUCCUUUAGAUUCCAUAGUCCUGGUUGUUGGGCAUGGGCGUCAUUGGCAAAUGAGUGCGAUGUUUGUAACUUUGGACUUGAGCCUCACAAUGUGAAGAUAUGUCAUGGAGUUAGGUACAAUAGAGAUAGCAUUCUGUUCAUUCAUCAUGUCCAUUAUUUCCUUUGCCACGAAUUCAAGCCCGUGGCGUGGCUUGAAAACAAGCCAUGGACCUGUUGUGUCUCGCGUGGGGAAGUCCCCGAGCUCCCGGAGUGCUAAAUAGCAGAACCG